AGUAAUAUCCAGGCAAUUUUUAUGACGAAAGUACCCUUUAAUGCAAUCGCAGAGCGCUCACCCUCACCAUGCAAUUGCAAGGGCACGUCGCGUCUGAUACAACUAAAUGUCUCACUGUGAGCUCAUCUAAACUGGUACUAGACUCCUAGUUCAGUUCAUCGACGCAAUUCAAGGAUGAGAUUAUGAUCUAGCUCUGGAACAGAUCAAUUCUGCGGUGUUUAGAACUUUGAUAUUGUUCGCAUGGUGCUCAAUUUCAAUUUUUCUUCAAUGCACUACGAUUUAAUUCGGUUAUUCAAAGAAAUAGCUUCAGUUUCUGAAAACACAGCUACGGAUAUCAUAAGAAUAUUCAUGAAAUCUCAUGUUUUUGCCUCUUCUCUCUGGUAGUGGUGAAUUGCGAAGCAGUGCUAAGUUCGCAGAAUUCGUACGCACGAACGAUGCAAAGAGAAAUCUCAAUCUCAUCCGGCAUCUCCACUCUGCCUUUCAACGGCGAAUUCGAUUUCGAUCCGUCGAUGUACUCGUCAAAUUACAUUCACAGCGACGAAUCCUCUAAUUACUCUUCCGCGGAGAGCGAGAGAGCCCUAGCGUCAUCUCCGUGCUUGCCCCAAUUCCAGCAGCUGCUGAAUCAGGACUUGGCGAUCCGCCACCGGAUGGUCCUGUCACGCCUCCGCAGCGUGGCGAAGCAGGCGCGGACGCUCCGGCAGGAGAACGUCAAUCUCAAAAUGGCCAACAUUGACUUGAACAAUCGUUUGAAUCUGCUACUCAAUUCGCUGCCACCGUUUCGUGGCGUGGAGUCUGAUCCUCCUGGUUUGGAUAACAUACUGAACAGGUUUCGGAAGAUGAGUGCGGAAGAGGAGGGGACGAGUGAGAAUGAGGCGGUGGGGGUGGCGCAGAGCCCCACUAGUGUGAUGGAUUCCGGUCAGGGUGGACUAGGAGAGAAACAGCUUCAUUUUCCAAAGUGUAUUUCAGUUCGUUCUAAUGGCUAUCUUAAGGCAGCGCGGGCCUAUGGCAAUGUCAGCGGCUCUGGAGUUGUCAAACCAUCAAACGAAAAUAAUGGGACGCAAAAGGUGUAUGUGAAAGGUGAGGAGGAGCAAGCGGUGGAACUGGAAGUGUACAAUCAAGGUAUGUUGAAGACUGAGCUGUGCAACAAAUGGCAACAAACUGGAGCUUGCCCUUAUGGAGAUGACUGCCAGUUUGCUCAUGGCAUUGCAGAGCUCCGGCCAGUCAUCCGCCACCCUCGUUACAAGACCGAGGUCUGUCGCAUGAUCUUGCACGGCGUCCCUUGCCCUUAUGGCCACCGCUGCCACUUCCGCCACACUCUCACCGAGGAGGAGGAGCUCGUGAGGGGCAGGAAUUCCAACUCUCUUCAACCUAUGAGCUGCCGGUAACUACUCUUUUAAGUAGAAUGGGAUUCGAUGCUGUAAGUAAAUAAGCAUCAAACAGAGAGGCUUUCUUUCCAUAGAAUGUUGAAUGGCUUAGGAUCUGAAACAUAGAAUUAUUGUGUGCUUUCAUCAUUUUGUGACGUUUCUUUACGUUUAAAAUGUCAUUAGUCGUAAUAAUGCAUUGCUACGCUGAUUAUUAGAGCAUUUUUCAGUUGUGUAAUCAUUUGUGGCCAAUGUUUGUUGUGUCUUGUUUAUUGUCACACAUUGAUAUUAAUGUGUGUGCGGUGUGCCAUAUAAUGUCAAUUAAGUAUUUGUAUUUACUUUGAUGAUAUAGUGGGCUGGUAGCUUGAUCCCUUAGUGGCCCAUCCAGAUUUGAUAUGUUAAAUGGACAAAGGCCUCCAUAUUC